GUCCUUGAUGGAGGAGAAGCUUAAGGGAGGAACUACGCUUAUCGUUGAUAGUUAUUCCUACUCUGGUGUGGCUUUCUCAUCAGCUAAAGUUCUUGGGAUCGAGUGGUGCAAGGCGCCGGAAGUUGGAUUGCUGGCUCCGGAUUCUGUGCUUUACCUUGACAUAUCACCUGAGAGAGCUGCUGAGAGAGGUGGAUAUGGAGAUGAGAGAUCCAAUAAUAUCACAUGGCUGAGGUUAUGCUACCGAUGAAAAUGGAGAUGGCUAACGAUCCUUCCAAGUUUACAUCACCUGAUCUUCUUCAUGUUCUCGCCGUCGACGACAGUCACGUUGAUCGGAAAUUCAUAGAACGCUUGCUCAAAGUCUCUUCCUGUAAAGUUACUGUUGUUGAUAGUGCGACAAGAGCUCUGCAAUACCUUGGACUAGACGUAAACGAGAAACCCAUCGGUUGUAAGGAUUUGAAAGUUAAUUUGAUCAUGACGGAUUACUCUAUGCCCGGAAUGACUGGAUAUGAACUCUUGAAGAAGAUCAAAGAAUCGUCAGCUUUCAGAGAUGUGCCUGUGGUGGUUAUGUCAUCUGAGAACAUUUUGCCUCGUAUUGAUAGAUGUCUUGAAGAAGGGGCUGAAGAUUUCUUACUGAAGCCGGUAAAACUCUCGGAUGUAAGAAGAAUAAGAGAUUCUCUGAUUAAAGUUGAAGAUUUAUCUUUCACAAAGAGUAUUAACAAGAGAGAGCUAGAAACAGAGAAUGUCUACUCGUUGGACUCAUCUGUUCCCUUGCAGCUCAAACGCACAAAGAUCUGAGAUUUCCCAAGCAGACUACCAUGACAUGAUCUUUAAAAAGCUUAAUCACCUAUACAAUUUUCCACCCCCUGGUGUGUUUUUUUUUGCUGAGUAAAAAACUCAGUGUUGACAGAGAAACAGGGCUUAUUCAUAUGACUAUGUUAGCAAUGUAAAUGGUAGAGAUAAACCACAAAACUAUUAUAUUAUUAUUCAUUAGAGA